AUGUCGGCUAUCACCGAUCAUCUCGUUCUUGCCGAUGCAGGCUUGCUCACAUCCCACGAAAUGAGCACCGCCAAGGCCUGUAGCCGUCACAGAAGACAAAGGGAUGUACAGAUCUGCAAGNCGCUCGCUCAUCUCAUCACGCAACGAAGCGAUGCACAUGUCAGCGUUGAUCGCUCGCUCUAUCAUUGCCGGUCACGCCGAGCGACUCGCGCUCGACUCACCUAG